GACCAAUUAUAAAUGGAAGCCAUUGCUGAAAGCUCUCUUUAUCUCUCUUUUUUCUCUGUUUUCCGUGAAACCCUUUUAUCUUUCCCCUCUUUUCAUUCUACCAAAACAACAACCUUUUCUUCCUCUUUCUAUCUUUCCGUAAAUUCCAUUUCUGCAUAAAAUUAAGCUAUAAAAAUAAAACCUUUUGGACCAUUUGUUGUUUCGUUCUGCCAUUUGGACCCCAUGCUGUGGAAAACAAAAAAUAAACCAUUUUCAUGAAAGCGUUUUUCUUGAAACUUUAACAACGGAAUCUUCAUUUUAACGCACAAUAGUUUUAAACAUAAAACAAUACACGUGUUUAUCCAAAACAACAUCACUUUUUUCCUUCACGGUUCCUAUCUCAUGCAAAAGCUUUUAGAUUCUUCGGGUUUUCCUCUUCCUUAAUGAAAGCUUCUUUAUUCACUGUGUUCUUGAUUUAAACAAAACGUAAUUUGGAAUCUAUGUCGUUUGUACCAGCAAGAACGGGGAGACAAAAACAACGUUAUGAAGACAACCUUCGACUUGUUUCUGGAUGUAUUCCCUAUAGAUGGAGAAAGGAGAAUGCAGAUGAAAUGGAAAAGACUGUGGAGUUAAUAGAAGUACUUAUGGUUUCUUCUCCAAAACGCGAUGACCUUGUAUUUCCAAAGGGUGGUUGGGAGGAUGAUGAGACUGUUACAGAAGCCGCUUGUCGCGAAGCGUUAGAAGAAGCAGGAGUUAAAGGAGUACUAAGAGAAAUUCCAUUAGGAAUAUGGGAGUUCAGAAGCAAAAGCAGUCAGGACUUGUGUAGUAGCAUUGAAGGAGGCUGCAGAGGAUACAUGUUUGCCUUGGAGGUGACCGAAGAACUUGAGGCUUGGCCCGAGCAGAAAAACUGUGCUCGCCAAUGGUUAAACAUAAAAGAAGCAUUUAGACUCACCCGAUACGAUUGGAUGUGUAACGCGCUGGAGGAGUUUAUGCGAGUUAUGACAGACGACGGUAAGCUUGAGAAGCAAGACGAAAAUGUCGAUCCAGUUGAUGUCUCAGAAUGUCAAAGUCUUUCACCCAACUGCUACAAAAGAUCCUCUAAUAUGCAGCAUCAUGGCGUGCCUUCUAAAUCGAAUCUACUUCAGCGUGCUCAAGAGAUAGCCAUUCAUUUUGGCUAUUGAAAUUGCUCUAAACUUGUGCUAUAUAUUUCAUUUUAAUGGAUUUAGUAUUUGUGCAGUAACUCCUUCAAACUGUGAAGUAAUGGUUUAGAGUUUGGAUGCUCAUGUAAGUCGAUUUCGUAGUUGUAGGUUAUUUUCUUCUUUUCCUUUGUGAUCAUGAUGAUGUAGUUUAUUAUGGUGGUGAAAGUCUCAAACUGUAUAUGGACUUAACAGCUAUUUGCUUCACCCCACAAUUCAUGAAAAAACUUGUAACAUAGAAGCACCAUUUGUGAAAACGUGGUUGUCACAAAGGCCAAAGAGGGUGUUUCUUUUGAGAACCUUUAGUUCAUAAUGUUCUAAGCUGUCACUAUUAAAGCAGCACCAUUGGUUUCAUUCUGAA